GAUGUGAUUCUGUUCGAGAACACGCCCCUCUUCGACAUGGACAUCCUCAAACAGGCCAGGCUGUGGGUAAUCAUGACGAACAAGGAGACUGUGAGAUGGACGACAAAAGCAAAGCUGCAAGCACUGGUUUCUACAUUCUUUGCGAAGCCACGCAUGCAGGCUGCCGACUUCUUCUAUAUGAAGAAGAUGAGGUCUUGCAAGGCUAGCCCAUUGACCGAUGCCCAGCUCCGAACGAAGAGGUCCUAUGACAAGGUGUAUGAUCUCUCGCAAGCCUCGCCCGCGCACAUGAGAACUGAGCUGCAAGCAUCCGCUGCUGGAAGCCCCAUGAUCGACGUGAGCAACCUGUCGUUGAGUGCAGCUUCUAAGCUGGCCGGGAAUGGCAUGCACAUAGCACAGGCCGGUGCCAUAGCAAUCAUAGUGGCACUGUUUCUCGAAAGACUGUAA